CCUUGUGAGGUUAGUUGGCGGCUCAAGCCAGUGUUCUGGAAGAGUGGAGAUCUUCUACAAAGGCAAAUGGGGUACAGUGUGUGAUGAUGACUGGGAAAUGAGCAAUGCAGAUGUGGUGUGCAGACAGCUUGGUUGUGGUCAUGCAGUCUCUGCCCCCACCAGUGCCCAUUUUGGGAGAGGCUCCGGUCCAAUUUGGAUGGAUAAUGUGAAGUGUACAGGCCAAGAAGCUGCUCUUACACAGUGCACACACCGGGGUUUUGGAGAGAACAACUGUGGACAUGGUGAGGAUGCUGGUGUCAUCUGUUUAGGUGAUCUAGAAAAGCCCCAAAUUACUUUAAGUCCUACAACAGAGGUUAACUGGGGUGAAAAGGUGGAAAUCACCUGUACUAUGUCAACACAGCACCUGGGUGGGACAUUUAUACUGAAAAAUACUCAAGGUUCAUUUUCUAAGGAAAAAUUCUCAGAGCACGAAGCAGCAACUUUUGUCUUCCCUCAAGCCGAUUUCAGUCUCAAUGGGUCAUACUUUUGUGAAUACCAUAAGAAACUGCUAGAUCAAACAAUCUAUUAUCCUCAGGGAAAUACUAUUGAUCUAACUGUUCGAGUGAAAUUAGAGAUCCCCAGUAUCUCUCUAUCAUCUGGUCAUGCGAUGGUGAUCUACACACCUGUUAAAAUAUCUGUGACCAAAGGGAGCGCCUUCUCCAUAACCUGCUCCACUCAUUCCAGAUACCCUGGGGGCAUCUUCUACCUGGUUAGGUCUAAAAAAAACAUUACUCAGGCAAAACCGGCUUUUGGACACAUCAUCUUCUACAUGGCAUACUUUGAAUUCCCAGAAAUAGAUUUUAAAGACCAAGGAGAGUAUUCUUGUCUCUACGCCAUCAACAUAUCAUCUUCUUCCUUCUCUUCCCUUCCCUCCAAGUCACUCCAAGUCACUGUACUCGCAACCUCCUCCUCAUCAGUUGUUGCUGGUGCUGUGAGUGUUUUAGUGCUAUUCCUUAUCCUAUUGGUCAUUGGUUUCUUUGUUUGGAAGAAGAAAUGGCGAGGUGCAGGUGUCAUGGUUCAGUUUAGCAACAGGUUAGAGCCCAAAAAAAACGAUCUGGACGACAGAAGCAACGGGGCACUCGAUGAAAGGUAA